GGAGGGAGGUAGGUAUGUAGGCAUUCGUCGGUAAGGUCUGCGUCUGCGGCAUGGUCGAUGCUCCUUUUUCCGGCUGAGACCGGCGUCCAUCUUCCCCGUUCGUCACAGCACGGUGCGCGUCUUCCACGUCGUCCUCGCCUUGCCAGGGAAAGUCGGCGCCAUCGUGAGAGAAGCGCGAGCCCAGGGUUGCCGAGGCUUCCGCAGGAGCACACGACGAGAGCACGGAAAGGACGCAGAGCACCAGGGACGAUGGCGGACGCACCUCUACCGUCACGAGGCUCCGGGUUUCGGGGACGUGGCGGACCCAGCAGCAGCGGUCCGAUGCGCGGACGCAGCGGCUUCGAGCGCGGAAGAGGAGGCCCACCAAGAGGCAUGAUGCGUGGUCGUGGAGGACCUGGUGGAAUGCGAGGAGGACCACCUGGCAUGAGAGGCCGGGGGGGCCCACCAAGUAGAGGACGCGGUGGACAUUUCUCCUCUGGAGGACCACCAGAUUCAUCGAGCAGUGGAGGUGGUGGUCUAGGAGGAUCGUCGAGGGGAAGAGGAGGAUCAGGAGGCUUCAGAGGUAGAGCUCGUGGAGAUUUCAACCGUGCUGGAGGAAGUAGUAGCUUCAGAGGUCGUGGGGGACCUGGAGGUGACAGAGGUCGAGGUGGAAGAAGGGGCGGUGGACCACGUGGUGGACCAGGUAGUGGUCGCGGCGGCUUUGAUCGAGGUGGUCGUGGUAGUUCCGGCGGAGCCGGUGGUCGGGGCGGACCGCAAAAACGCGGUGGAGGACCACCAGGAGCCAGUGGCCCACCCAAGAGGCCAAGGUUCGAUGCACCCCCAGCACCACCAGCUAACGGUUACGUGACGCAAGCACCGGCACCGGGGUACGGAAGUGCGGGUAAUGGCUACUCUGCUGCAGCACCACCGACAAGUGGAUAUGGUGGAGGUUAUCCUCAGCAAGGCUAUGCCCAAGGAUACCAAGGCUACGAAAGCUAUCAACAGCCACCCGAUUAUGCACAGUCAGCGGGGUACGCGACGGCUGCGCCACCAGACAGUAGAUAUGGGGCACCACCAGUUGCUGGCUCUGGUUAUGCAGAUCCUUAUGGCUACAAAGCACCAGCUGCAGAUUAUGCGGGCCAAGAAGGUGUUUAUGGAAAGCAGGACUACGGUAAGUACCGAUAUUGAAACGAAGAGAAAAAAUAUAACUUCGCGUCAAUCAAUACCCUCUGAUUACUGUAGUGCGUAAUUCUGUUUAGAAUAUGAUACCUCUAUUUACUUGCAAAAAAAAGCGUUAAUUAUAUUAAAUAACAUAUGCAGAAUUGCUUACACAGUGUCAAUUUACUUGGGACAGUCAUAAAAUAGGUCUGUGUUAGAUGUAUACAAAAGAAAGGUAGUUGUCUUAUGGGAAAAAAAAAAAAAAAAAAAAAAAAUAAAA